AUGAUUGAACGAAUUGGCAACGAUCCAUCCAACUUUUGGACUUACGAUGAGGAGACGGGGCUUGUCGAUCUUUCGCGAGGGGCUGGGCUGGGCAAACGGCUCACAGUCGAGACCACAACCGGUCCUAUUCGGUUAAACCCCGAUACGAGCGUAAUGAUCAUUGUCGACAUGCAGAAUUUCUUUUUGUCGCCUGCCGUUCGCCCUCGAGCUAAGCCUCAAGAGCCUACGCCCGCUGAAGGGGCUGCGGGGGCAUUACUUGGCAUUGGAAUCCAAGCCGCGCGAAGCCGUGGCAUUCGUAUUGUCUGGCUCAAUUGGGGCCUUACCGAGGAGGAUUUGGUGACAAUGCCGCCUGCAGUGAUGCGCGCAUUCGGGCCAUAUGGCUCGUCACGCAACGACAUGAGCAAGGCUGUGCCAUCCCAGCCGGGCAUGAUUAGAACCAAGAACCGUGAGCUGUACAAGGGCCUUGGGGCGGAAAUUGGCCCUGUGAACCUUGGGAAUGGAUGCCAAGUGGAAGGCGGGAGAGUGCUGAUGAGAGGAUCAUGGAAUGCUGCCAUUUAUGGACCCCUGGAGGAGAAGUACCAGACGAACAGUUCUGACAACACUUCGCCAGUGACUUCGAAGCCCGACGUCCUCAUUCACAAGAAUCGCACAUCUGGACUUUGCCUCUCCAACACAGACCUGGAAACAUUUCUAGAGGAUAAUGGAAUUACGACUCUGCUCUUUGCUGGCGUCAACACAGAUCAGUGUGUUGGUGGAACAUUGAUGGAUGCUUGUAGCAAGGGAUACGACUGUGUUCUUCUCCGUGAUGCAUCCGCAACGGGUACUCCCUUCGGGGCGAGUGAGACAUGGGAGUGGAAUGUGACAAACUCCUGGGGAUGGGUGACAACCUGCAAGGCUCUGGACGAUGGGGUAACACUUUGA